AUGGUGGCUAGUUCAAAGGGUAUCAUGGCUCGUCCUACAACAAGCUUAACUGAAGAAGAUGAUAUGUGGACUCAAGAUUUCUCAUCCCCAUCUUUUCAAAGUCGAUCUGAUACGACGUCAACGUUAAAAGAAGAUCUACCCUCUUCAUUACCAACAGAAAAUAUUACCACAAAAGAUGAGAAACCCGAAAUAAAAACUCCCAAGUUCAAGAAAAGAACAUACUCUUCCAAAAAAUUUAACACAGUUAAAUGGGCCCAGAGGAAACCCUCAAGUAGGAGAAGACCUAUAAAUAGGUUCAGCCCAGCAUUAUGGAGAUAAAAAUGGCAGACUAUACAAAACUUUUGCAAAAUCUUUACAACAAUCCUGAAUCGCCCGCAGCAUUUUCAGGUGUUGAUAGACUCUGGAGAGAGGCUAGAAAAGUCCUCAAACAUAUACCUAAAAGAGUUAUACAGGAUUAUUUGGAGGGUCAUAGGACAUACACGUUGAUGCGCCCGAGGCGCAUUCAUUUUAAAAGG